UAUUAGUAUUGUGUGUGGUGUAGAUAGAGAAAGAGUUUUUAGUAGAGUCAGCUUAGGAAUUACAGCACUGGUCGCGUUGCUGUAAUUCACCAUUGCGAUGUUUGUCGUUACUCGUCAGUAGUGUUAGUAGUUAGUACUUUCUCGGUCGUACGCUAAUGAUUGGUAAUCACUAAAUAGCGGAUUGACGCCAUUAAAUUGCCCACAGUUUCUUUUUGUUGAGUGAAUUUGCCUUUGAAGGGAUGUCGUCUUUCCAAAAAUCUCUUAUUACCCGGUCGCCUUUUUUACGAUCUCCGGGCCCUGGGUUACCCAGAGAAAGAGGCAAAUUUCCAAUGGUGAAAAGAAGCAGUGUUAAAGGGCGAGCCGAUUAUUCACCGAUAACGUGGGAGAAAUUUUUCGAUGAAAAGAAGGAUUUAGAAAUAAACGGCAACACGUUUAGAGUCUACAUUAAGGGAGACACAGGCCCAGCACUUGUUCUGAUCCACGGCGGUGGAUUUUCAGCCCUGUCAUGGUCUUUACUUGUGGCUUCCCUUGAUGAAAUGGUCGAAUGCAAGGUUUUGGCCGUGGAUCUUAGAGGGCAUGGGGACACGUUUACAACCAAUGAUAAUGAGUUAUCUAUUGAUGUACUGGCCAAUGAUGUUGUUGAAGUGAUAAACACUUCCUUGCCGGAGAAUACACCUGUGGUUCUCAUCGGGCACAGCCUUGGUGGUAGCAUUGCAAUCCAUGCAGGUCACCAUCCAAACCUCAACUCACUCAUUGGUUUGGUUAUUAUUGAUGUGGUCGAAGGCACUGCACUGGGCGCAUUGUCCUCCAUGCAAAACAUUUUGCGCGGAAGGCCUCAGUCUUUCAAUUCAAUCGAGGAAGCAAUUCGAUGGAGUGUGCAAAGCGGACAUCUUAAAAAUCUUGAUUCUGCCAGAAUAUCAAUGCCAGGCCAGAUCAAAAAUGUGGUGACCAAUAAAUCUGUCAUCACUGAAUUGGAAACUGGUGUUUGUACUGAAAGUCCGGAAGCACCUGAGAUGAAUCCUAUCAAUCCAGCUGGUGUUGAGAGUAUAUCUGAGGAAGAAGAAGCUCAGUUUAAACCACCAGAUAAAGCUGCUGGAAAAUACACCUGGAGGAUAGACUUGAGAACAACUGAAACACAUUGGCCAGGGUGGUUUAAAGGAUUAUCAAAAUUAUUUCUAUCUUGUCAAGCUCAAAAGCUUCUUUUAUUGGCCAGCUUGGACCGCCUUGAUACAGAUCUCACUGUAGCUCAAAUGCAAGGUAAAUUCGAAAUACACGCAUUUGAACAAAGCCGUGGCAGGUGUGGUCACGCUGUGCAUGAAGAUAUUCCAGAAGCAGUUGCUGAAGUUUUAGCAACUUACCUUGUUAGAAAUAAAUUUGCAACUUCAAAGGGUAACAUUUCUGGGCCAUUGCCGUGUUGUUAAAUUGGUGUGAAGAAAGUUGAGACAAAAGUAUGAAAAGGAUAAGCCAAAACAACUAAGCUAGAGUAUAAUACUGUUACAAAAAGCGAUGAUAAUAUUUAAAAUAUAAAUAUAAUUGUA